AUGCUUUUCACCCCAAGCCUCUCAUCAUGUGCCUCUCCUUCGGCGCCUUUAACUCCAUCCAACUCCCUGCAUGCCUCUUUAUCGUUGUCUAAUCUCCUCGCCCUGAAAUCCUCUCACCCCGUGCCUCUCACCCCGUGCCUCUCACUCCGUGCCUCUCACCCCGUGCCUCUCACUCCGUGCCUCUCACCCCGUGCCUCUCACCCCGUGCCUCUCACCCCGUGCCUCUCACCCCGUGCCUCUCACCCCGUGCCUCUCACCCCGUGCCUCUUUCUUUCCCCCCACAGUGAACCUGGCAGUGGUCCUCGCGCAUCACAUGCGCCUGCACGUGGGGCUACUAGACGCGGACGUGUUCGGCCCCUCACUGCCCAACCUGCUCGUCCUGCACUGUACCACGCCCCCCCUUCACCCCUCUUUACCGCAGUGAACCUAGCAGUGGCCCUUUCACGCCACAUGCGCCUGCAGGUGGGGCUGUUAGAUGGGGACAUAUUCGGCCCCUCACUGCCCAGCCUGCUCGGCCUGGCCACAGCCGGGCGCCCCCAGCUCGCCUCCGCUGCCCCCAACGCGCGCAUGCUGCCGCUGCAGGCGCACGGCAUGCUCUGCAUGUCCAUGGGCUUCCUCAUGCCUGCUGACGUGGCGGCCGUGUGGCGCGGGCCCAUGGUGAUGGCGGCAGUGGAGAAGCUUGUAAGGGGGACGGAGUGGGGGCGGCUGGAUGUGCUCGUGGUGGACAUGCCGCCCGGCACGGGCGACGUGCAGCUCAGCAUGAGCCAGCGCGUGCGCCUCUCAGGUGCGCGUCCUCCCCCCACCCUCCACUAUUCCAGUCGUCCCUCCCAUCUCCCCGGCACGGGCGACGUGCAGCUCAGCAUGAGCCGGCGGGUCCGGCUGUCAGCACUAUUGGAGAAAGCAGUGCAGGUGUGUGGCAGUGGGGAGGCGGAGCUGGGGUUGUGCGCCCGUCACGCCACACUGCCUGCCCAUGCGCCCAGCACUGCUGGUGGUUUCCACACACCUCGUCUCUUUCAAUCGUCUCUUCCGUCUCACCUUUCUCACCCUCUCACCAUCCACUGUUCUGCCCGUCCACUGCACCAGGACCAGUCCACCCUCUCACUCUCCCAUUCCUCCACCCACCCACCCUCUCACUCUCCCAUUCCCCCUCCCGUCCACCCUUCCCCCCUUCCACUCUUCCAUUCUUCCACCCAUCCACCUGUUCCCCCCACCAGGGGCAGUGGUGGUGUCAACACCGCAGGACCUCGCACUGAUGGAUGCGCGGAGGGGAGUGACCAUGUGAUGGGAUGGUGGGUGAUGGGAUGGUGGGUGAUGGGGUGGUGGGUGAUGGGAUGGUGGGGUGAUGGGAUGGUGGGUGAUGGGAUGGUGGGUGAUGGGAUGGUGGGUGCUGGGGUGGUGGGUGAUGGGAUGGUGGGUGCUGGGGUGGUGGGUGAUGGGUUGGUGGGUGAUGGGGUGGUGGGUGAUGGGGUGGUGGGUGAUGGGGUUGUGGGAUGGUAG